AUGGUAGAGAACGCUUCCUCUAAUGAUGUUUCCAUUAGGUACUUGAAGAGGAUGUUCAAAGAGAAAGAGAAAGGACUUAUUUUGGAAGGAAAGUUCUUACAUAUGAGGUGUUGUGGUCAUAUAGUAAACUUAAUUAUCAAUGAACGAUUGAAGGAAAAACAUGAGUCCAUUGCUACAAUUAGAAAUGAUGUGAGAUAUGUUAGGUCUUCCUCUUCUAGGCUUAUAACGUUUAAGGAAUAUGUGCAAGUGGAAGGGAUCGAAUGCAAGGGUCUUCUCUGUUUAGAUGUCCAAACAAGGUGGAACUUGACAUUCCUCAUGCUUAAUUGUGCACUCAAAUUUGGAAGGGCAUUUGAAAGAAUGGAAGGUGAUGGAAAUUAUUCAAAAUAUUUUAAUGAGGCUGACAAAGAUGGGAAGCCAAAGGAGAGACCACCAUCCGAAAAACAUUGGCAGGAUGCGUCAGUUUUUGUGAGAUUUCUUGAGACAUUUUAUGAUGUAUCAUUGAAGUUUAGUGGGUCCACAUACAUCACCGCCAAUAUGUACUUCAUUGAAAUAUGCAACAUGAAACAGGAGUUCAAUGACUUAACACUUGAUGAUGAGGAGGAUGAGUUGUUGCAUGGCAUGGCAAAGAAUAUGAAAUACAAGCUUGAUUAUCUCCAUCAUUGCUUUGGUGAUAUUCAUGAUGAUGUAACAUGUACUAUGAUGGUUAAAGGGGUGGAGCAAACUAUACGGGCAAUGUUUGAUCAAUAUCAUGAGUCAAUUGAUACACAUGUUGAUCAAUCAAUGACUCAGUCUCAAGCUAUUGUUUCUGGUUCGUCCUCAUAUGUCAUGUCUACUCGGCCUACCACCAAUAGUACAAGUGGCAAGAGUAAGAGGUCACGUAACUUGCAUGAUGAGUAUGUGGUGCGAAAAAUGGAGGAGGGUGGUAAGACAAAAAAUGAGGUCGAUAAGUAUUUGGAAGAGGCAAUUGAGGUACCAAGUCAAAAUUUUGAUGUUUUGGGAUGGUUGGCGAGUAUUUGA